AUGGCAGAUGAAACAUGGGAUGUAUCCAUGCUUGUAUCGCCCCCAUUGGGCUGCCGGCGGAAGCUUUUCAGGACGCGAUCUCGCUCCAUGUCCUUUCCUUUGUUGCCCCCUCCGGCCGAGCUGACCCACUCCAUGAGCAAUUUGCGGGCGAUGUCGGUGGAUGCCAUGGCCGAGAAGGUUUGCCAGUCCGACCCACCCGAGAAGCUGCACGGGCAGGCCCGUCUCGGCCGCAAUGUCUUUGCGGCCUUGGUCGCGUGCUUCAUGGGGGCAACUGAUGGCCUUUCUCUUGGCAGCCUGCUCUUCCCAUCAUCGGCCGAGUUUCCGAACCACGAGUACCAGGCCCUGGGGAUGUCCAUCGGCUUGUUGACGACGCUGGUGGCGAACGCCGGCUCACUGCUGGGCUCGGAGAUCCGCUUCGGCGUGGCCGGGGCAAGUAUCCCCACCGUCAUCUUGCUGGCCGAGCAUUUCAAGACCCUGGGACCUGGCCGUUGCGCCACGAUCUACUUCAUGGUGGCGGUGUGCUCUGUGCUGAUUGGAGCAGGGAUGUGGCUGGUGGGCAAGCUGCGCUUGGCGCGACUGGUCAAGGCUUGCCCCUUCGUGAUCUACGGCGGCUUCAUGGCCGGAACUGGGGCAGUGCUGCUCCAGUACGCCUUGAAUCUGAUGGUCCCCGACUUCGUGAGCUUGGUGGAAGUGGAGAGCUACAGCUCGCUCUUCCUCGCAAAGACGCUCUGGCAGUGGCUGCCGGGAGCUCUCGGUGGGGCGGUUAUGUUCGCACUGCGGGCGGCCAGCCGUGUCAGCGUCAGCUACAUCCCUCAGGAUCUGCUGAUUCCCGUCUUCCUCAUCUCCGAGGCCUUUUUCUUCUUGGUCUGGAUGCUCUGGACCGGAAGGGGCCUCGAAGCUGCAAGGGAAGAAGGCCUCCUCUUCCCAGUGCGAAUGCCGCCCGAGCCCAACUUCUAUCGCGUCUGGACAAUGCACUUCGAGCAUGCCUCGCAGCUGGAUCUCAGCGUUUUCAUCUGCCCAAACUUCUGGCUGACUGUUGUGAACGCGGCCUGUAUCUCCGUCUUGACUGCAGUCAUGAAUAUUUUCGGGACCCUCACUGCCACACAGAUUCGAGUAGACAUUGAUCGGGAGAUGAUGUUGCACGGCAGCUACAACAUGGGCUGCGGUGCGCUGUCCGGCCUCCCUGCGAACAUGGUCAUGUCUUUCUCCGUCACUUGCCGCGCGCUUGGGGCAGAUGGCCGGCAGUUUCAGGCGCUCCUGCUGGGCUUCUCGGCCUGCGCCUUCGUGGCCGGGGGCUACGUCGUGGCCCUGCUGCCCAAGCUCCUUCCGGGCUCCGUGCUGAUUUGGCUCUCCUUGGAGCUCAUGGCCUUCUGGGUUUGGAACUCUCGGCGCUUCCUGCGAGUCUACGAGUACUGCCUGGUCUGGAUCAUGGUUUGCUUGUACGUGGUGGUGGGCACGGCGCCGAUGAUGCUCUUUGGCUUCAUCGCUGUCUUGGGCAUUGUUCAGGGCCAGUUGGCGAGCAUCCCCGUGAUCCGCUCCCAGAAGACUCUCGGGCACAUCCGCAGCUCCGUGCUCCACACCACCUGCGACACGGAGUAUUUGAACCGCCGCGGCGCCGAGGCAGAGGUUUGGACGCUCGGCACGGGCUAUCUCUACUUUGCAUCGAUGCGGCAGAUAGUGGAGGAGCUGGAGAACUUCAACACUGCGCAUCACCUGCGCUUCACCUCGCCCUCGGCCGAUUCCGAAGAGUUGCCCGACUUCGCCUUCUCCCAUGCCGUGAGCUGCGAGGCCCGGCCACACCCUCUGUACAUCAUCAUGAAUUUCGACAUGGUCCAGCAGAUGGAGUGCACGGCGGUCAGCGCCUUCCAAGAAGUGCUGAGCGUGGCCAAAGAGCUGGGCUGCACGCUGAUCCUCGCUCACGUGCAGAGCUCCUUGAUCCUUCAAAUGCAAAACUUUGGGCUGCCCUUGGCCGAGCUGCACGACCAGGCACCCGCAGCGGCCGGGGCCGCGGCUCCCGAGCAGCUGCUAGUGGCCCAGAACCUGGACGCGGCGGUGGAGUGGGUGGAGGAGGCCUUCCUGCGCUCCUACCAGCCGGCCCCUGGCCACUGCCGGGGUCACACCCACGGCAACCUCAGGGAGGCGCUCUCCCGCGCCGGCCUGGACAUGCAAUCGCCUCUGGCCGGGCUGCACGUGGACGUCCACGUGUGGCUGGAUGGCUACUUUCCCAGCUACAGCCCGGAGCUUCUCUCUGAGCUGGUGCCACUCUUGGAGAUCCGAAAGCUGCAGAAGGGGGAAGUCGUGUACUCUGCUCCCAAGACCAAACAGGCCACUUGCAGGAGCUCCGGGAUGGUGUAUUCCGCGCCGAAGUUUCAGCGCCAACCUCGCGGAGGUGCCUGGAUGUCCGAGGGCCAGGCGCCGCCAUUGCUUUGGCUACUGCUCGGCUCUGUGGAACAUAUCUGGAACCCGGAAAACGAGACGGAGCAGUCCGUGCGCGUCUUUCAGGACCAGAACCGUCUGGAAGCCGGGUCUGUCUUCGAGAAAGCCUCGAUCCUUCAGCGACAGGGCAGUUGGUGUGCAGGGCCCUUCAGCACCGCUCGGGCCUUCCUUGCAAACAUGGCACACCCAGGCACUUUACGAGCCGUCGACUGCAGCACCGUCGCGAUCCUGCCCCAGGCAGCCUACGACAAGCUCAGCCCUGGGCUCCGGCGGCUGCUGAACGCCUACUUGCUGCGGAAGUGGCCGACCUAUCUCCACAGCUGA